ACUCUUUUCUCUCGGAAGGUCUUUGGUCCAUGAUUCGCUUCUUCUUCUUCUUCUUCUUCCGAUCUCGUCUCAAAGUCUUCGUUCUUGCAAUAAGCAAGGUAGGUCUAAUCAUUCGUGCAGCCCACCAACUUAUCUCCUCCGCCGUAGAGCUGUUCCUCGCGCUGUUUUUGGUUCUUCGCUUAUCCUCUUUACAUCCUUAUCCUUCACGGAUCGGAUGGAGGAGUUCUCUCACUUGGGAGGUGGGAGCACAUCAAGGGGGGCUAAUUUCUUGUACCUUCCCUCGUCGACCACCACCACCACAUCAGCUGCUGCGCAGCUGAACGCCGCCGCGUAUGGCCGGAGUUGUCACCCAACCCUACCUUACCUCCAACCUCCCGUACCGCUUAAACCCGAAGUUGGGUCUUCUCUACAGCCAUCAUCAUCUCAGGAAAGAGCAGUCGAUGGACGAGGACAGGGAGAGAUCUCUCCAGGUGAUACAGAGGAGAUCAAGGCCAAGAUCAUGUCUCACCCUCAGUAUUCUACCCUCAUCGGUGCCUAUAUCGACUGCCAAACGAUGGGGGCGCCGCCGGACGUGGUGGCACGGCUCUCGGCCAUAGCCCGAGAGCUCCAGUCGCGCUCCCGCUGCCGUCAGGAGGCCUCCUCCGACCCCGAGCUGGACCAGUUCAUGGAAGCAUACUGUGGUUUGCUGGUGAAGUACCGAGAGGAGCUAACGAGGCCAUUGCACGAGGCCACGGACUUCCUUAGGAGGGUCGAGUCACAGUUCAACGCACUCACCAACACUCCAUCGUCGCGGAUCUUCUAUUCCGAUGAAGGAUGCGAAGGGGUUGCAUCCUCUGAAGAGGAGGCCGAUGCCAGCGGCGGUGAAACUGAUGUUUCAUUGAUAGAUCCUCACGCCGAUGACAAGGAGCUGAAGCACCACCUUCUGAAGAAGUACAGUGGGUACUUGAGCAGCCUCAGGCAAGAGCUGUCCAAGAAGAAGAAGAAAGGGAAGCUGCCAAAGGAAGCCCGGCAGAAGCUACUCAGCUGGUGGGCGCUGCACUACAAGUGGCCAUAUCCAUCGGAAACCGAAAAGGUGGCGCUGGCCGAAUCCACAGGCCUUGAUCAGAAGCAGAUCAACAACUGGUUCAUAAACCAAAGGAAACGGCAUUGGAAGCCAUCGGAGGACAUGCACUUAGUCGUGAUGGAUGGGUUUCAUCCGCAGAACGCUGCUGCUUCCCUGUACAUGGAAGGCCAAUACAUGGGCAAUGGCGUUUACCGCACCGGUCCCUGAUCUGCACAUCUACCGACUUGAAGAGUUCUCCAGGUGAAGAUUAAGGUCUCUCCAUACAUAAGCAUUGCAUCCUCGAUCCAAUCGCCGCUAAGUUCUUCCAUGUUGCUCAGGUCAUUGCUUGUACAACUACUAAUAGUUUCGUUGUGACCCGAUCGAUACCUGAAGCUAUUACUGUGUAAUGCUGCAUUAUAGCUGUUGGAGAUGUUUCGGUUUCGAGUUU